AUGAAUUUCGAUCAGAUUCUAUCUGCUGUGGGUGGCUUUGGUAGAUUUCAAAAGAUUCUGUACGUAUGGAUCUGUCUCCCGCAGAUCCUGUUGGCUUUUCACAUGAUGGCCAGCAUCUUUACCGGCGCUACGCCUCCGCAUUGGUGCCGGAAUUCGCCAUCGUCUCCCGAAUCUGAUCCUGGAACGGCGGGUAACAUCUCUGAUACCGGAAUGGCAAACCAGAACUUGAUCGUCUCUUUCUUCCUCAAGCGCACGCAAGCCUGUGGACUUUUUGUCAACCAUAGCAGUUCUGCCUCGUGCAGUCAUGGAUGGGAAUACAGCCGCGAGAUAUUUCACAGCACCACUGUCACCGAGUGGGAUUUGGUUUGUGACAGAGCCAGUCUGAACAGUCUUGGGUCCUCCAUCUACAUGCUGGGUUUAUUAGUUGGAGCAGCUGUGUUUGGAGCAAUGGCUGACAGGUAUGGACGUAGGUUCUGCUUGCUAUUGUCUCUGGCGCUGCAGGCUGUGUUUGGCAUCUCUGUUGCUUUUGCUCCCAACUUCCCCACAUACGUGCUGCUGCGCUUUGUGCUGGGAACCACCAUCUCUGGAGUCAUCAUCAACGCCUUUGUGCUGGGCACAGAGUGGACGUGUACCCAGCGCCGCAUGCUAGCAGGCAUUUUCACAGACUACUUCUUUGGAGUGGGCAAUAUGCUGCUGGCGGGCAUCGCGUACCUGCUGAGGGACUGGAGACAGCUGCAGCUGGCCAUCUCUGCCCCAGGAGUCCUUUUUAUAUUUUACAUCUGGCUCGUCCCUCAUUCUGCACGCUGGCUGCUGGUGAAAGACCGCACAGAAGAGGCAGUUACUCUUCUGAGGAGAGCAGCCAAGGUCAAUGGACGACCUUUCCCCUCUUCUGCGAAGCUGGAAAGGUGUGAUAUCGUUGGAGAGGGGAAGGGUCAGUGUGGCGCCAUCGACCUGCUUAAAACUCCACAGAUGAGGAGGAGAUCCUUCAUCCUGUUUUACCUGUGGUUUGUAAAUGUGCUGGUGUAUUAUGGCCUCUCUCUUGGUGUGUCCAGUCUGGGGGUGGAUCUUUACCUCACACAGUUCAUAUUCGGAUUGGUGGAGAUUCCAGCCAGAUCAGUGGUUCUGGUGGUGUUACCAUGGAGUCGCAGAAUUCCCCAGAGCUUUUUCAUGGCAGUGGGUGGUGUGGCUUGUCUCCUCACCCUUACUGUGCCAGCAGGUAACCCCCAGGUGGUUACAGCUCUGGCUCUGGUUGGAAAGUUUGGGAUCACCGCCUCCUUUGCUGUUAUUUACAUCUAUUCUGCUGAGCUAUUCCCUACAGUUCUGAGACAGACAGGGAUAGGCAUGGCUUCCAUGUUUGCGAGAAUGGGAGGAGUCCUGUCCCCUCUAAUCAACAUGCUGAGAGACCCCGCCCCCACCGUUCCCAUGGUGAUCUUUGGCUGUGCCCCUCUACUGGGGGCAGCUCUCGCUUUGGCUCUGCCAGAGACGGCCAACCAGCCACUUCCAGAUAAUCUCCAGGAUAUCCAGGAACCUUCAGUGGGGAUCAGCCAGUCUCACAGUCCAUCAGAAGGACAGCAGCUGCAGCACUUGGCACCCGAUUCUUGACCCAAAACCACUGACACACAAAACACGCACAAGCUCAUGAGGUUGGGGUUGUUAAAGGAACCGUAUGUAAGAUUGUGGUCAAAACUGGUACUGCAAUCACUUUCAAAAUACUGUAGAGCGGUGUAUCCCCUCCCCCUCCCCCCUGACUGGCAGAGCUG